CCUUUCCCCCAACGGCUCCCGAAGCUCCACGUGAUCGUUUCUCCGUGUGCGCGGGGGAAUAGUCGGACGUGCGCGUGCGCCGCAACGUUCGGCGGCGGAGGGAUGACGUUGCGCUCCUGGGCCGUGAGAAGCUGAGGAGGUGCCUCAAGCAGCCCAAGUGAGUCGUCUGCGAAGUCGAGGCAGCUCUUCUGACUGGAAGCUGACGCCGAAGCGGGCGAGCCGGAGGGCCUUUGCUUCGCAGGCGGGUGAGAGAUGCGCUCGGCUUGACUCGAGUCUCUGGGCCCGGUCUGCUCCCCGCCGGGGCCAUGGCUGCGCCAAGCUGGCAAGACGCUGUGGCCCAGCAGGCUGAGGAAGUGUCAUCCCGGCUGCGGGACGUGCUGUCGGCCGGUGUGGGCCUGCUACGCACCGAGUUAGGUUUGGAGCUGCCGCCAGGCCUGGAGCCGCAGCGCCUGCCUACCUGGCUAGUGCUGCUCUCCACAUCUGUCCUGGCCCUGAUGCUCCUGCUGGGGCUUCUGUGGGCCGCGACCUGCGCGAGAGCGGGAGAUGCCCGCAGGAAGCGCCCCGGGAGAGCAGCCACGACGGGGGAGGAAGAGGAGGAGGACGACGAGGAGGAGGAGGAUGCGACGGAUGUGGGCCUGACAGAAGCUGGAGGAAGUGGCAGCCCCAACAAGGCGGCUCCCGGGGCAGCCACGAUGCUCUUGCUCAAGGGAGAAGAGCAGAAAAAACGGAAUAAAAAGAAGCCGCCGGAGAAAAUGGGCAGGUUUAAUGGUCAGCCUGUUCAUGAAGUUUCUGAAGAGGAAAUAAUGUUGAAUGUUCGAAGAGACAAUCUGAAACAACCAUCUGAUGCAGAAAAGAAAACUGAAAAGUCAAAGAAGAAUAAGAAGAAACCAAAGGGAGAUGCUAAAACAGUUCAGGACCAAUCACGUGUUGAAGGAAAGGAACUAGAUGAAGGAGCUUGGGAAACAAAAAUCAGUAAUAGAGAGAAACGGCAGCAACGUAAACGUGACAAGGUAUUGACUGAUGCUGGGUCAGAAUCAAAUCUACCAGGCAUGGAGAAUUCAGUUACAGUGUCCAGUGAACAACUAACAUCUACAACAUCUUUUUCAGUUGGCCCCAGAAAAAGCAAAGGUGACAGUAUUUCAAAUAUUCAAGUUAGCAACUCUAAAUCUGGAAAAGGUGAUGCUGUACCCCAGCAAGGGUUGAGUGAAGGACCAACUGUAAAUGGAGGAAAUUGGAAUGAAAAGCCUGUAAAGGUCACUUCUCAGAUUGGCACAAGUGAAGAGAAAUGGACUUCGGUGUCAUCUGCAGGUAGCAAGAAGAAGAAUGAGACGUCUGCUUGGGGAAAAGAUACAGGAGAUAAUGGAAAUGGGAAGGAAUGGGGAGUGUCCCUGGUGGGCAGAACCUGGGGUGAGCGCACUUUGUUCUCUAGUAUUGGUGCCUGGUCUGGAGUGGAUGGACGAAUUAAUACUUCUGAACAGAGUUCUGCUUCAUUCACUUCUUUGGGAUUAAAUUCUGCAGUUUCAGGAUCCGGCAGUGAGUCUGUUUCUCAGCCUGGCACAACAGAUUUCCAGUGGGAUUCAAACCGUAAUCAGGCACAUAUUGAUGAUGAGUGGUCUGGGUUAAAUGGACUUUCUCCCACUGAUCCCAGUUCAGAUUGGAAUGCACCAGCUGAGGAAUGGGGAAACUGGGUGGAAGAAGAAAAGGCUCCGUCCACCCCACAACUUGAAGAAGCAUUAUCUGAAGCUCAAAAGGUUUCAGAUGAUGACAGAGAGAAGACAGAACCCACACUGCACAGUACUGCAAGUGGCAAAUCAAAGAAGAAGAAGAAAAAGAAGAAGAAGCAGGGAGAAGAGGCUAGCUCUCCGGUACAGGAUGCUGAAGAUCUGGAUAGAGAUGCUGGAGAAGAAUUUCCUGAAGAUACCUCAAAAGUUCAACAAGAGGAGAUAGCUUUCUCUUUAAAGACCAUCAGCACUAGUGAAGAAGCUGAGCCUGAGGAGAUACCCUCAUUUGCUGUUUCUACUGAGCCAUCUGUAACUGUAUCAGAGAAUGAAUCUGACAAGAUACCUUCCCAAGUGCCACAGAUGCUCCAGGAGACAGAUGUUCCUGUUUCUAAUGCUAAGCAAAAUAGUGUGCCUCCACCACAGACCAAGUCUGAAGAGAGUUGGGAGUCCCCCAAACAAAUUAAAAAGAAGAAAAAAGCCAGAAGGGAAACGUGAAUUUUCUGAAAUGGACGUGUGUUGCAGAAACACUUGUCGUGAAGAUUAUGCUGUUUAUGCAAUAAUUUGUGAACCUGUACAGAAUUUUAUAUAAAUUUCAACAGAUUUUUUAAAAAACAAACUGCUUUGAACACAACCAUCUUUAAGAACAGGAACCGAAGGAAAAAAUAAGUUGGUGACAUAAUUUAACAGGAAAUAUGACAAUACUGGAAGAUGCAUUGAAGAGUGUAUUUUCAACAUAUGGGGAAAAGUAAUUUUCAAAAACAACUUGGCUUUAUGGCAGUGCCCUGUUUCAUGUGCAUUGGAAAACGGAUUAAUUGUAAAAUGAUCUCUAAUCAUCUUUAAAACUAGGCUGUCAGUCUAACUGUAAUACAGUGUCUACCAUUCUGAUUUUAAUACGUAAAUCAAAGAACUCUGGUUAAAUAAUUUGCCGUAUCUUUUUAAUACUCAAAGAAUAUGCUAACCAUGAAGAUAAUGCAAAGAGAGAUCAGAGUCUUGGAAGCACAUAUGUCUGAAGAGUCCUCUUGACUUUAAAGGUACUACUUCAGGGUAUGUGUGUGCAAAGAUAAUGGAUAUUUUCAGUAAAAAAACAUUUCUUUAGUAUUUUUUGUGAUUUAGAAUACAAAACUUGCAAGAAAUUUGGAUUCAGAAAGUAAAGUUGCUUCUGAUAGUCUUCUACAUACAUUACUCAAAUAAUAUAUUUUAAGAAGAUGAGAAGUAUUUUCAAAAUCUUGUGUUUUAUUUUUUAUGGUGGUAGAGUAGCUGUUGUCCUUUAUUUGCAGUAAUUUUGAAAUGUGUGACCUUGCAUCCACACAUUUUUCCUCUUGAUUAAUUUUAUCUUUUUAAAAACUUCCAUAAAUUGUCCAAGUCUUUAAGGGUGUGAUGGAUAAUGGAAAAAAAGAAAAGAAAUAAUGGCUUCAGAACAGCUUUAAUUGAUGUUGAAACCACCUGUAUCAGGAAGUGCUUUUUUGCUGCCUUAACCUGUGUAGAAUCUGCAUCUAGAGUUCUUAAAUGGAAUUAGUGUGUCUUUAUAUUUUUUUAAAUCAUGCAAGUACAGCAAAUGAAAACAAACCAUCAACUUUCCUCCUGGAGUUAUGGAUUAAAAUCAGAGUUGAGCUGUAUCAUUUUAAGGCACUGUGUCAUGACAUCAUAUCAGGCAGGCAGGUAUCUAUGAAUAGUGCAUGCUCAGCCAUGUACACUGUAUAUAGCCUUUACGAAAUGUGUGUGUUUAAAGGACCAUAAUUAACAUUAACUCGGUGAGCGUCUGUUAAAGAAAAGCCAUGAUUAUUUGAUGUGAUUGGCUUAGAUUUUUUUCAUGUAACAGAAAAAUUGUAACAGCUGUAACCAAUGGUACUUUGACUAUCCCAUAAUGUCUCCUUGUAUACAUCUGAAAUUUUGGUUAAAUUAACUUGCAAUGCAAGAUCAAUUAAAACAACAAACUGGAUUUAGUUGUACUGAAGACAAGCCUUAUUGAUAGUGUUCCUAAUAAUUGAAUACUAAUGUGCAGAGGUGUUAAUUCCUAUUUCAGGAACAUGGCAGGUGUUUACAUGUUCAGACAUUUUGUUUUAAUUCAGUGACAUUUCUAAAUCAAUUUUGUUAAAAUAAAUUGAGCAAAUUGAUAGCAUUGUUUUAUUUAUGGGAAGGGAGUAGUGUUUAGACAAUGUUUAUCAGGACUGGAGGGGCCAUGAAACUACUUAGUAUUGAAAUACAGUUUUCAGCAGUGAUUUAAGAGGAUGCUAAACGUGUGAAAUUAUAUCUGUUCCUUACUGUAAACUUGUCAUUCUUCAUAUACAUCUUAGUGUGACAGACACCAUCCAUUUCCAGUGUAAAUUUUUGAAUGUACAAAAAUACCACACCGCCUUUCCAUACUUGAUCUGAGAGAACCUUCUGGGAAAGGUAGCAAAAUGAUAAGCCCUGCUCAAAACAGUUAUGAAACUGGAGGCAAAAAGUCUCCUUGCCUCUGCUAGUAUAGCCUAUUUGAAAUGUUCAUGGUUACUUUAGGGCUGUUCGAGCACAUUUCUUAAUUCACAGGAGUGUUCUGGCACAUUAUUUCCAUGAGGAAAAUUGUUAAGAUGGAGAGAGGAUUUAUAUCUGGAGUCAAACUACUAAAAUGUUCCUGAAGUCAAGUUUUUCACACUGAAAUAACUUGUAGGAACAUGUCCUAAAUCAUAGUAUGAGUCUGCAGUUACAUGGUCUUGCUGCUAAAUAAUACAUUGAAGGUACUGCAAAUGUAAAAUUGUCUUUGUUUUGUUUUAGCCCUGUGUGGUCUGAUUUCACGGUGUUGUUACUACCGCCUACUCCAUGUUUAUCAAUGGAUGCUCAGUAGGCCUUGAGCUAGUCGCUGUAGAAAUUGUGGCACAAAUGUCUUGGAGUAAUGGCCGUUCCCUUGUUGUUCCAUUAAGAAGCAAAUGCUUCUAACAUCGCCUGGAAAAUAUUUCUGUGUUUAGAAAUGGGGUGGUAGCAAAUGUGAAAACACAAAUUAACCCUCAGUGCUUUAUCUCACUCAGUUUGCUGGGCUGGCUGAUUCCCUGAAGAGUUAAGAGUGUGCUGUCUAUGAGAUUGGGAGCAAUACACAACUGAGAUUAUAACAUAAAGGCCCUUAAUCUAUCCAUAUUCACACUACAGUCCUGAAACUGUCAGUGAUCAUAGGCAGGGUGAUUCAAAUUGCAACCUUUACCUGUUUCUUGGGGGAGUGGUUUGUUGGGUAUCCCUGGUCUCCACGAUAAUUUGAAGAUUCUUACUCUUGGAAUCCAGCGUCUCUGUCUGUUUUCAGUAUUAUGCCAUUGCUACAAUGGUAGAAUUAUAACUUUCUCACCUUAGGGGAAAUAGCACUGGAUUCUUACUUGUUUCGGCAGUUUCUCAUGAGAUAAUGCAGCACUACAUGAAGUCUUCAGCAAAAUCUGUGAAUCUAAACUCCAAAGCUUGGGAACAAAUGGGAAAGCUGACAAAAAUUUUAUAUAAUUUUCUGAGUGUUCUUUGCAAAAGUGUACCACAAAAGAAAAUGGUAUUAAAGAAUACAAGCCGGGAAUUAACUACAUACACACUGGUUGGUCAACGGUACCCUUCUUAGCCAAGUGUUACUCCACUGUCUGUUUAUGGAGCAAACCAGCUAAACAUUCUCAUUCAUAAAUGCAUGGAAUGUUUUCAGAAGAGUAAUGUGGAUUUUGUAACUUUUGAAAUUGUUUGUAUGCACAGCUUUACAAAAAUUGUGAUAUGUAAUUGGGUAGUCAUUGCAUGCUUUAAUCUUCCUUGAUUUUUUUUGUUUUUUCUCAGAAAGUGUAUAAAAUUCAUACAUGUUUGUUACAGAGUUGGCUCAAGGUGGAUGAAAACUGUAUUUCUGACUUUUCUAAAUUUAAAAGAAUUAUAGUAGAUAGACAUUAUUUAACUAUUAACAAAAGAAUGUAUACAUUAAAAUCAAUUUUCAAAACUUUACAGAAA